AUGUCAACACAAAUUAAAGAGUGGUUAGAUCUUUUAAAUGACUUUUUAAAGGAAGGAACUCAGUUUAUUAAUCGUUGCACAAAACCUGAUAAAGAAGAGUUUUUUAGAAUUUCGUGGGCAAUUGGUAUUGGUUUUUUAAUUAUGGGAUUUAUUGGAUUCUUUGUUAAACUUAUACAUAUACCUAUCAAUAAUGCUCUUCUUCCGUCUUGA